UGGUCGCUAUGGUGAAUGGGAUGCCAGGCAUUACAGCGAUGACCAUUCUAGAUUCCGCACACGUUCUCGCAGUAGGUCUAAAGAUAGGCACAGACGGUCAAGAGAUAGAAGCAAGUCCCGCGAGAGAGACCGAAGCAAAGAAAGCAAGGAAAGAGACUUGCGGAUGAAGAUUGAUAAAGCCAGACUACGGAAAAUUGCCAUAGCCAACGCUUUACAGAAUAUGAAGGCUGGACAGGGGCCCCAGCUGGAUCUGACCCUAGUCAAAAGUGGAGGCAAGUCCGUGGAGGAGCUAACAGAGUUCUGCAAAAGAAUAUCAGAGAAAAGCAAAGCAGACAAUGGCACCGAAGACAGCAGUGAUGAGGAAGCAGCAAAAAAGAGUGAUGAGGAAGACAUGUUGAUACAUCACCCGUUCAAAGUGAAGGAAGCCAGCUCCACUGGGAUUGUGAUGAAUAUCAGGAAUGCAAAACAGUUGCCCGUCCUGACACCAGCCGAAAAGCAAGUCCAGCAGGCUACACUCCGACUGACCUUCCCUGUGUCCAGUGGGUCACACCACCGAGCCAGUGAGUCUGAGUGGGUGCCUGUGGUGAAGGCAGGACCAGCCACCCCCAUGCCACAGCCAGCUGCAUCAGUACAGGCUCCAGCAAUACAGGUACCAAAUGUAGCCGAGCCACAGAUGCCCCUGAAGAGUGAGAACAGCAUAUUCCCGGACGUGGCCGAGGCGCAGAAACUUGACAUUGGUGCCAUCAUCUCGGAGAGGUUGCAUGCAGUCAGGAAGUUGCAGGAAAACCCGUACGACAUGCAGGCCCUGUCUAAGAUGCAUCAGGUGCAGCAACAAGCCAGCAAGUGGGCCACUUCCAGACACUUGCCAGGGCAGUUUGUAGGUAGUACAGGGGCCCAGGUCCUAACUCAAGAACAGCUCAUAGGGGACAGGAGACGCCAGGCCUGGGCCACCAAGACACAGCUAUCCCAGGCUGCACCAGUCCAUGGAGGGAUCGGUAUGUUUUUGCUGCAGAAGAUGGGCUGGAAGCAAGGAGAAGGUCUUGGGAAGAAUAACGAAGGCAGCAAAGAACCAUUGAUGCUGGACAUUAAAGUGGAUCGCAAAGGUUUAACUACUGCAGCAGAAAAUCCCAGACACAGAGCUCAAGCUCCGGCAGCUGCACCCAGAGCUAAAGAUUUAUCCAAUAAACAUCCAGUUUCUGCAUUGAUGGAGCUGUGUAACCGGAGAAGAUGGGGACCACCUCUGUUCACUGUGGUCUCAGAAAGUGGGCCUGAUCAUAAGAAAAACUUUCUCUUUAAGGUUCAAGUUAACAAUGUCGAGUACCAGCCUGCCUCAGCCAGCUCCAACAAGAAACUGGCCAAGGCCCUGUGUGCUGCCAUCUGCUUACAGGAGAUGGGUUUACUCCCAAGGGAUGCACCUCUUAAUAUUUGA